CUCAUAUUAUUUUAGCUAGUUGAAAAUUUAAAUUACUCUGAUCUCAGUUCCAUUAUCUUAAGGCAAUGGUCUCAGUGCUUUUCAAAAUUAUAUUAUGGGUAAGUUUGCCAGCCCACACACCAAAAAUCGGAGGAAAGGCUAAAGACAGCUUGGUUAUUGAUUUAGUAGUAAAAGCAGUUGGCGCACUCAAAAAAAACAGAGGACGCCCUGCAAAUGUGGCUAAACUUACUUCUCCAUAUUCCAAAAACGACGCUAGAAUCUUUCCCCCAUGCCCUAUAUGUAAGACUUUCCAAACCGUUACCCCCAUCUUCCAAAGUACCCUCAUCCCUCUUUGUUCCACAAAACUUUGCUAAACAGAAAGGAACAGAGAUGGCGCCAAAACUAGGCACAGUUCUACUGCUCUUCUUCUUAGUUGCAGGCAUCCCAUGGGCUCAAAGCUCGGAAGCAGAGAACUGGGCCACAAGCAAGAAGUUCCCUAAGAAGACGUUGACCAAACUCCAGUUUUACUUCCAUGACACAGUCAGCGGGAAGAACCCCAGCGCUAUUAGGGUGGCUCAAGCCGCUGGCACUCAGAAAUCUCCGACUUCCUUCGGCCUUCUCAUGAUGGCAGACGAUCCCUUAACAAAGACAGCCGAUCCGAAUUCAGAGCUCGUGGGCAGGGCUCAAGGUCUGUACGGGUCAGCAGGACAACAAGAACUUGGUCUCAUCAUGGCCAUGAACUAUGGAUUCACGCAUGGCAUCUACAAUGGUAGCAGUGUUAGCCUACUUGGCAAGAACCCGGCGACGCAUCCAGUGCGUGAGAUGGCGAUCGUAGGCGGAACAGGACUUUUCCGGUUUGCACGUGGGUAUGCCAUUGCCCACACACAUUGGUUUGACGCCAACACCGGUGAUGCAAUUGUUGGAUACAAUGUCACAGUGGUUCAUUAAGAGUGUAUUAUUAUUUUAUAAUCUAUUCGUUUGAAUUAUUUUGUGGAGAAUUCUAGUUUGUAACCUCGUUUUGGACCAUGAUUCUAAUUCCAUUGAUCUAUAAAAAUAGAGUAAUUCUACAUACAA